UGAGGCUGUGGAGUUGUACUGUAAAUUCAGUGGAGUAUGUGCUUUGUCUUGCGUAAAUGAAACAGCUACACUGGAUUAACCAAGAAGAUGGAAUUUAAAAAAAUGCAGAUCUGUUUGCUCGAAUCAGAGAUGAAAGAGAAGAGCCCAUGGCAUAGGCCUUUGAUCAUCUUCAUUACCGUCCUCAUCGUCUUGGCAAUCAUCGCCUUGGUGACAACAGCUGUAGUUCAGAACAGAACCCUUCAGAAGUACAAGUAUGGAAUUGUGUUGGACGCUGGCUCCUCCCACACUGCCGUGUACAUCUAUGAGUGGCCGGCAGAGAAGGAGAACAACACAGGAAUGGUGCAGCAGAAGCAUACGUGUGAUGUGAAAGGAAAGGGGAUCUCCAGCUACUACACCAGUGUGGAGAAGGCCGGGCUGUCCCUGAGGGACUGCAUGGAGGAGGCCAAGGAGAAGAUUCCCACCUGGAGGCAUCGGGAGACCCCCGUAUACCUGGGGGCCACUGCAGGGAUGAGGUUACUGAGGAAAAUGAACGAGACCUUGUCUGACCAGGUCCUGUCUUCGGUGGAGGGCUUCCUGCAGGUAUAUCCCUUCCUGUACCAGGGGGCUCGAAUCAUCAGUGGCCAGGAGGAGGGCGCCUAUGGCUGGAUCACCGUCAACUACCUGAGUGAUAACUUCCACAAGGCGUUACCCACCAUUGGAGCCUUGGACUUGGGGGGGGCCUCCACCCAGAUCACCUUUGUCUCCCGGCAGAAGAUGGAGUCGCCCGAGAACUCCAUCCAUUUCCGUCUGUACGGGAAGGACUACGACGUCUACACCCACAGCUUCCUGUGCUACGGCAAGGACCAGGCUCUCAAACAGGCCCUGGCCCAGCAGUUAAAGCCAGGUGACACCCUGCUUCGUGACCCCUGCUUCCACGAAGGGUACAGCCAGACCAAGACCUGGGAGAGCGUGACCGGCAGCCCCUGCGUCUCCGCCCAGGGCCCGCCGGCCUCACCCCCCCAUGGAAACUUCACCCACCUGGGGACGGGAAACGCCGCGCUCUGCCGGAGUGCCGUGCGGCGGCUCUUCAACUCCAGCCACUGCCAGUGGGGGCGCUGUUCCUUCAACGGGGUCUUCCAGCCCCCAGUGGAGGGGACGUUUGGGGCCUUCUCUGCCUUCUACUUUGUGAUGAACUUUUUAAACUUGACAUCAGCAACACUCGAAGCCAGUAAGGAGAGGAUGGUGCAGUACUGCUCCCGGCAUUGGGCUGAGGUAAAGUUGAGUUACCCCAGCAUUAAAGAAAAAUACCUGGCAGAAUACUGCUUCUCUGGAACGUACAUUCUGACGCUGCUGGAGGAUGGAUACAACUUUACCUCAGGCAAAUGGAGUGACAUAAAAUUCAUCAAAAAGAUUCAGGGGAGCGAUGCUGGCUGGACUUUGGGGUACAUGCUGAAUCUCACAAACAUGAUCCCAGCUGAAGCCCCGGACACCCCCCCUCUACCCCACGCCGGCUAUGUCACCAUCAUGGCCCUUUUCAGCCUACUGUUGACUGCGCUUCUACUGCUCGCGUGCAAACUGUUCAGCCGGCCGGCCUGCACUCAGAGCAAACAGAUCAUCUGACUCACUCUCACUCUCUCUCUCUCUCACUCUCACUUGCUGUCUCUCUGUCUCUCACUCUCGCUCAGCGGCAUUCCAACCACUUUCAGAGUGGUUUUAACAUCUGUGUCAAGAACAAUUCUGAAACCAACGGUCUCAUCAAGGACGAUAAUGAUAACGGUAAUGAACGUAAUGAUGUCAUAUGAAACAUCACUCUAGAGAAAAUUAAUGCAGCUGGUUACAGGUCAUAACACAGCAGCCGUUGGAAUUUACCUCAAGUGGUAAGUGCAUACACUGUUUGGGUAACUUUCAGAGCAUUUCUAACAGUAAUUCAACCGUUAAACAGGAUAUGACCGAGCUCUGUUGAAUAAAGAACACAAACCAUUGGAAUUACUUUUAGCAUACAAGAUUGAUGGUUGUAAUUAUGAUAUCUAGCUAUUGUUAUUGUUCUCAUUAUCAAUUGGCCGGUACAUUGCAUAGACAUGGACCCAGUACCUCAGUCUUCCUGCCCAUCAUUCCAGUCUUUCAGGAUUUUGUUGUAGGAAUCAUCAAGGCAACGUUGAUAAAGAUGAAGUUAAAUGGGACUUUAAUGAGUACAGAGGACUUUUACUCUGCGGGAGUCAAACUCCUCCCCAACUUCAGAAGACAUGUCCACAAGCCAAACCUCAUUUCAGAACAUUGCUAUUUGUUUGUUUGUUUUAACGCUUCCCUUCAGUAAACAGAAGAAUCUCAGGAGCAGGCACGAGCAUAUUUCAAGACGAUGGGAGAGGGAUUACGAAGUGCGUGUUCACAUAAAAUUACAAAAACAUUUUAAAUGUGAAAAUAUAUAGCAGGUGUUAGAAAAAAAUAUAUAUAUCCCAAUUCAUCGAUCAAUUCAUUAAAUUAUAUAAUUUAAUUGUAUGAUACACAUUUAUAAACCUUACAUGCAUAAAUAUGGCAGUAGAUAUUAUGUUUGUAAUAUGUCCCCUAUGUCAAAUAUUAGUAAUGUGGUCCCAUUGUGGAUUGUUUUGCAUACAGAGUUGUUAUUUUAUCAUGGGUCUUGAUUUUCAUGUACUGGUAAUUCUCCUUUUACUGUCAUUUUAAUGUUCCUUGUCCUAGCCCUGCCAUUUGUGUUUAUAACAAAUCUGUAUUGUCAGUGUUUUAUUCGUGCUGGACUUGGGAUCUUUCAUGAACCCCAUAAAAGACGCAGCUAAAGUCAAUCACAGUUCUUCAAACCAAAUCCAAAUAAUCUGCUCACCACAGGAAAACAAUGAUUGGCUCACAUUGAUGAACACAUGACAGCUCUUCUCAUUUUGGGUUUCAUAAAGUCCUACUUUCACAUUUCUGGUUUGUAUCCCUGCCACAGACAGCACAUGUAGCCUACUGUAUGUAAGUAACAGUAUUUCCACUCCAAGUGUGUACAUAUGUGUAAAUAAGCGAUGCUGUAAGCAAAAAUACUGUUCUGGUACACACUGCAUUCCCCCCUUCAUCACAGGUUCUGCAUGGCCUGGGUAUUUUAGGCCACAGAUAGUGUUAGGCUUGGGAUCUGGGUUUUCUAGAAAGUCAUAGGUUGUUGUCCCAACUGUGGCACUGCUGUUUGUACUGUUGAGUAAGGUGAUAUACCUGAAUAGCUUCAGUAAAAAAUCUUUAUGCAAAAAGAUGUAUUCUAAAUGUAUUCUAAAUAAAUCAUUUUACUAUC